ACAGAUAAAAGGACACCGUCUGGCACAUCUCUGUCUGUGUCAGAAGCGGUGGAUGCUAGUAGAGCUCGUGCAAACGCUGAACUGGAUGCUAUGCUGGAUACGUUAGAUGUGUUCAAUCCCAGAAGGCGGAGGAAGAAACGAGGGAGUAAGAAAGGUAGCGGGAAGAAAGGGACCGGGGCGAUCGUGAAUAAACUUACGCCAGAGCUGCAGAAGUUGUUUCUGCAAGCACAGGAAGACUUUGUGAAAAGCAAUCUGGGCGAGGCUGCUGCAAAAUGCAAGCUCGUUCUGGCCGGCAAUGUGAGAGCUGCAGCCCCAUGGAACUUACUGUCUGAGAUAUACGAAUUGGUUUCAAAGUACGAGGAAAGUUUCCACUGCCGAUUGGUGAGUGCGAGUUUAGACCCCGAUUCAACCGCGGAUGAUUGGUAUAAACUAGGCCUGGAGGCAUAUAAAGAGUAUCAAAUGAAGGAGUAUGCAGCUUUCUGCUUCAAGAAAUCGCUCGACGUGCAGCCAGAGCAGUUGAGUGUUAUGUGGGACUUGGCUUUCUGUCGUCUAAACAUGGGAUCCUACAAAAGAGCUUUACUGGAUUACGAACGGAUAUGCGAAUUGGCGAAAAAGGAUGAUGGGCUCCUGCAAGUUGCCUACAACACAGCAGAUACGUACUUUGACUAUUACGAACAUGUCAAGAAGAAACCCGACUCCAUCAUUAAAAUACUCGAGAGAUGUGCGUCAGAUUACAUCCCAGAUGAGGACGUGAGACUAUCGGUUCUAUUGGUCGAGGUAUCCUU